AUGGCGGCGCAAACCGUUCCUAAUUACAGUCGCGAUAUUCGCCAUGGCAAGUCGAGCUCCGGUUCUUCGUCCAACUAUGGGCCAGUCCCUGGAUCACCUACUCUCACAAAUCCCGACAUGAUCUUACCCGAUAAUGACUGGGAUAUCUCUCUCGACGAGCCGUCGCAGUCACACAUCCCGAUAUGGAACAAUAUUCAACCCACCGACAUGCGAUUUCAUCUCCCUAAUUCACAGAACCAAUUCAUCGCGGGACCGAUUUCUCAUCCGACUCCUAUCAUAUAUGGAAAUGGGACUAUGCUGUCUGAUAUUGGUGAGGUGACAGAAGUAGAGAGCGUUGUGGGAAAAGGGGGACGGCGCGGCUCGGCGCAAUUGUCUGUUUACAGUAACGAGGAUCAUGUACUGGGUUCCUCGCCAACCGCGGGCACAUCACGCAUCAAGUCAAGGUCGCAAAUACAGAAGCGCGAAAGGAAAUCCUCACUCGACUCUAAUAGUACGAUAACGUCGCAGGAUCGUGGUCGGCAAUUUGGUGAUUUUGACGAUGCUGUCAGUGUCGACGAUGUCAAUUUUCAGGGCGAUGAUGAAGAGAGUAUGGCUUCGUCCUAUGUUGAGGGGACCGCUGUGCGGGAGCCUCAGACUGUGCGCGUGCCUCGUAUCCAGGAUAUCUCAAUCCAGCGCCAUUCAUCCAGUUCUCUUAGCGAUAGAGCUGAACAGAUUCUGGCAAAUGCCAAGCAAAGAUUAACAACAAUGGAAGGGAACCUCUCGAGGGCAAGAAGCUCUCUCUAUACUCCUAUGUCCGAUGGCUCGACACCUUCUCCUCCAAUUGCGCGCCCUGUCACAUCAUUACGAGAGUCCACCGCCGGCUCAGGAUCAGGACAAACCCAUUCCAGGAACACCAGUGAAAAUGGAUUUCAUAAUGCGCUUGCGAGUCCAAGUUUCCCGCAACGAUCUGCUAGUGCCUUGGGAGCCGCUGGGGGCUACCGUCAACCGCUGACUUCUUCGAGAAGUGCAGAUGCUUUAGGAAUUGGCUAUGGAGCUCCUCAGAGAAGUCCUAUGGGCACUCUUGAUCCUAUGAUGGAAGCUCUGAGCGAAGACGAAGGCGGUAUGCCAGGGGAUAGUCGCCGCAGUUCCCGUCUUUACAACCAACUUAGCCCAGGUUUUGGCUCCAUGACAGAUACGGAAAUUCCUAGGUCCGCAUCUGUUGCUCAAGUACGAGAUCUCAAGCAUCAAAUGAAGGAUUUGAGAGGGAAAAUUUCCAGUCUUAAGGAGCAGGCCAGAGCCGAUAGCCUGAAGCGACGAAGUUUGCAGAGUCUCAGAACACCAAGCCCCUUCACGCAUGCAAGAUGGGAUCAAGGAUUCCCAGAAUCUCGAAAAUCGCAAGAAAGCACUCCUGAUGCACUUUCCUGGCAGGCUCCAUGGAGUCGAAAUGCUUCUAACGAGAAGCUUGAUACUCAAAAGUCACCCAAGCCUGAUAUGAAUGAUGUCUCGGAGUUGGAAAGAGCCAAGACAGCAGAUAUCGAGUAUCAAGAUGCUCGCGACACCUUUGAGGUAGCGGGUGAAGCAGUGGUGGACGAGACGAAGGUGUCUCCUCCGUUGAACGGAGAACUCGAUCUUCAAAACGAAUCUCAGGGGCAGGAAAACGACGACACGAUUGACGAUGGCGAAACGUGGGAGGGAGAUUUGGAACAGAGCGAUGAGGAAGUGAAGCAAGAGCUCCACUACAAUCGACAAGCCGGAUACGACGAUAACUUGGAGGACGAUGACGACGAGUUUGUGGAUUUCGAGAGCGAAAGCGGCGAAUCGUCAUACCACGAUGCAUUUCAGAAUCCUGUAUCCCACGAGGACCGCGAAGACGCCUUCGACUACGAGCACUUCUUCCUUCAUUCAGCUAUGGGGUCAAUGAGCCAGCGGAGACGAGAGAGCUGGAGCAGCGUGAGCAGUGUUGACUCAGGCGAUUCUGUUGAGACAACUCGGGGGCCUGUCCCCACUCCUGCUCCUGCUCCCGACUCCGAUUCUGACCAUGAACGAAGGCCGAGUGUCGAGUCUAUGGCGUCCUUCAAUACGUUUGCUACAGCUACCGAGGGUCGCUCAAGCCGCAACUCAGACUUCGAGGAUGUUACGGAGACCGUCGUUGACGUACAAGAGAAUGCGAAUGGGCCUCCAAGUACAAAACGAACAACCUUUGGGGGUUUCCAGUUUCCUCAGGGAAGGGCCAGUUCGAGGGCCAAUUCUGUCGAUACACAGCAAUCACAGCCCCGACGUAACACCGUGGUACAUCGCCCUGCCAGUAGUGCAGCUAGCUACGCACGACAUCGCCCUUCAAUGUCGUCGUUCGGAUCCACAGGGACGAACCGAAGUUUUCCACUUGUGGACAAAUCCAAGACGGCCAACGGGAUCCUGACACCUAACAGUAGCACUCCUGGGGGGUCGCCUGACUCGGAGCUUAAGCAGAUUUCUGCGAGUCUCAUGAACGAAGCCGCCACCUUGGGCGGGAUCGAGACUGGGCAUCUGUCAGGGGAUGCAUCCCCCAUGCAAGGGUUAGACAAGGAGAGCCAGGUAAUGGUAGAGAGACUUGUGGCCAGUCUUGGCAAAUGUGUGCUCGGGUUGACAGAGUCGUCGAGUGCUGGUUCAGAGGCACGUAUGUAUCGCAGGAGGAUGGACGCUGCGCGACGUAUACUCGAGGGACUUGAUGAGUGA